GCUCUACAACAAGCGCAAACUAACUAUAUAAGUAAUCCGUAUAUUUCGAGUCUGGCUAAGGGACCGCUUAGGCAAGCAAACCAUUUUCAAGGGUAUUUUGUAAACGGGUUUAAAUUUCAAACAAAGGCUUAUGGGGAGAAUCAAUUAACCAUGAAUAGUGGAGUUUGCGUCAAAGGAUCACUCUACGCUCCAACGGAAAGUGAUUUUUAUGGCAUAUUAACAGAUGUUCUUGAGUUGGAGUACCCGGCUCUGCCAAUUAAGAGGACUGUGUUGUUCAAGUGUAAUUGGUUCGAUCCGACUAAUAGAGGUAUGUCAGUGCAUCCUCGAUAUAAUAUUGUGGACGUCAAUCAUAAACGGAAGUACGGAAAAUACGAACCAUUUAUUUUGGCCGGACAAUCCGGUCAAGUACAUUACUGCACAUAUCCGAGUAAAAAGAAAGAUAAGGUCAACUGGUGGACAGUAUGUAAGAUGAGGGCCAGAUCAGAGAUAGACAUGCCCGAUUCCAUUACUCCAGCGUUUCAAGAGGAUGUUAUAGAACAACCUCUAAACGUUAUAACAGAUGAGGGUUCAAGAAUUUUGGUUGAUCCGGUCGGGGAAGUUGAAACAGAUGUGUUUUUUGCUCCUCCAGAGGUGGAGGACGAAGAACAAGUGCCGUCAAUAUCAGACGAAGAAGAUAUACUUGAAGACGAUGACGAUGACGAUUAGUACGGUAAAUUUUGUAUUAGAUAUGCGAGGGAGGAGUGCUAGUGGGACAGGCUGGACUCGGCCCCCAACACUAGCUGUUGUUGAGGAGGAGGACGACCUGGCAGCUCCUCCAGAGGCGGCUGAGGCGCAGGAGGGUGUGGAGCCAGCUCCAGCACCUCGUAGACCUCGAGCUCGGCGCCAGCCUGUUGAGGGGGAAGUCUUGGAUGCCACUGGCAGAAUCCGAGUCAUCCCCAAUGCACAGAGGAACAGGUUGCUCGACUCCAGCACGGUAUCCAGAGAGUUGCGGGAAAUCUUCCAGAGUCGGUGGUGGGCAGUAGGCACCGCUUGGAGGUUUUUGCCUGAGGAAGCUGUUUCUUUUUACUUCGAGGAGUUUAAGAAAAAAUUCUUCUGGGAGGACGAAUUCGAGGAACGAGUCAUCCGAAGCACUUUCGAGAAGCAUGCUGCGAACCGGUAUUCCGACAGGUUGUCCACCUACAAGACUUCUCGUGAGAAAGACGUGUCUAUUACAGACGACGUGUGGCAGGCCUGGGAGAGAGUUUGGGACUCCGACGAGGCAAAGAAGAAAUCGGCCCAGGCGCGGGCCAAUCGGAUGAGCGAGCCAGCCGGAGCUGGUACAGGACCGGUUCGACACACCGGAGGCUCGAUGUCUGCUUUAAAGCAUAAGGCUGUUUUGGCUAGGGAGCUUGGGCGUGAGCCGACACAUGCUGAGGUGCACAAGCGGAUGCACACUCUGAAGGCUGACCCGACGCGAUUCGUGGACGAGCGCGCGAGGAUUGCAGCUGAGCGGUUUGAGCAGGAGAUGUUGGCCGCCACACAGACAGCCGAGGGGAGUACUGCAUCUACCCCAGUGGACCCAGACCAGGUUUAUCUCGCUGUUGAGGGGGUGAAGAAGCGGCGUGUCUACGGAUUAGGCUCAGUUGGUUCUGAGUUCGUCGCCUCGCAGCGGGGUACUUCUAGUAGACGACCCGGCAGCUCCUCUCAGACCGUGUCGCCAGCCGCCGAUGAGAGAUUCCGUACUGAUCUCAUCGCUCAGUUUGCAGAUACGAUCCGCGAUCAGGUCCAGAUUGCAGUUGCAGCGGCGAUGCAGCAGAUGCAGCAGCGGGCCCAGGGAGAUGUGCUACCCACCCCUCCACCACCGCCUCCACCACCGCCUCCACCGGCUACUGAUGAUGGUGUCACAGAUGACGACAUCACAGACUUGUAGUAUUGCAGUGUAGGGACGUUUUUGGUAUACAUUUUUCAUGUAUUAUACGCUACAUAUUUAUAUAUAUAAUUUUCAGAUGUUUUCUA